AUUUCAGCUGCCAUCUUUUGCUUCAGAGAAUGUGAUCUAUUCUGAUUGAGUGGGGCCUGCUGAAAUCCAUUUGUGUCAUCAAGAAAAUGUCCUAUGCAGUUGAUAAGGAAGGCAUUGCUUCUCAAUGGGGCCAUCCAAGAUUGAAAGAAAUACUAAACCCGGAAGAGUCACCUUGCGGCUGAAAGAUUCAGCAAGGCAACCUAGGCUUUUAGUCCUGCAUCCCCUCCCCAACAGCUUGGGUUCUAACCAUCUGAAGUGUGUAGCAAUAUCCACCACUCUCCGCAACAACUGAACCCCUAUCAGAAACUCGGAAACCCUACCGGCUAUCACUCUUGUACAAUGCUAUCCUGGAGCUUCACUUUGUUUCUCAUUGCCAUUUCUGUCUUAUCCUCCCCAUCAUCUUGCACAUUUACUAUAACAAACAACUGCCCUCAUACCAUCUGGCCCGGCACACUGGCGGGUUCAGGUACGCCGCAGCUUCCUACCACUGGAUUGCAAUUGGAGUCCGGCCAGAGUAUCAGAAUUCCAACAUCUGCAGGAUGGUCUGGUCGAAUCUGGGCGAGGACAGGUUGCACAUUCGAUGAGUCGGGAGCAGGCACUUGCCAGACUGGGGACUGUGGUGGGAGGCUGGAGUGUGAUGGGAUUGGGGCUGCUCCACCCACAUCACUCUUUGAGAUAACCCUAGGAGCAGGUACUGAUAAAGAUUUCUAUGAUGUUAGCUUUGUGGAUGGAUACAAUCUCCCACUGAUUGCUGUACCAAGAGGAGUUUAUGGUGGCUGCAAUGCUACAGGCUGUGCUUCAGACAUCAACAUAGGUUGUCCAAAAGAGCUUCAGGUGGUGGGGAAUACUGGAGAGGAAGGGGGGGUGGUUGCAUGCAGGAGUGCUUGUGACGCAUUUGGGCUGGACCAGUACUGCUGCAGUGGGGAGUUUGCAAAUCCAUCGACAUGCCGCCCAUCCUUCUAUUCCAGCAUCUUCAAGAGAGCUUGCCCCAGGGCUUACAGCUAUGCUUUUGAUGAUGGCACAAGCACUUUUACAUGCAAGGCUUAUGAGUAUGCCAUCAUCUUUUGUCCCAAUGCCAAUGGGAUGAAGAGGUCGAGUGAUCCACUUCCAGGUCCAUUAUUUCAAGGGCGGAACAAUGGAGAGAUCGCAGGGAUAGUUUCCUCUUCAAACAUCAUCCUACCCUUUUCAUUGUCAAUCCUUCUCCUCCUCCUCCUCCUCCUCCAUUUACUAUUAUAAGCACCCCUGAUGGCUUUGUGGCUUGCUUCCAUGAACUGAUUCUUUAUGCUGUAAAAUAGAACCUCUUUUGUACCAUGCUUGGAAAGAAAUAGAUUGUAUCUAGAAGGAAGGAAUGCAAGACGAAGAGUUAUUCGCAAGUUGAGAAAUCCCUUUGAA